AUGUCGAGUGCCUUGCAGUCGAAAUACGCUCCAAUAAAGGACGACUCACAUCCGUCGCUGUUCUAUCAUUUCUUUGAUGACGAAGAUGCUAUGGUUGCCGGCGGUCCUGCAUUUGCACUGAGCUUUCUUGACGACCGGCCUUGGGACGGUAUUUCGGAUCCAACAAUUCUAGGUUGGCUACCAGCUCUGUCUUCGGAGGCGGCAGGGACUGAGUAUGGAGGAAGUGGACUCAACGAUUUCCACGAGAAUGAGGAUUUCCUGCUGAUCCUACAUGCAGUCGUAAAAGAGGCAUUACCUGAGGAUGAAGUAUGGACAAGCGGUGCCAUUCAAACGCAGAGUGGAUGGAUGCACAUCUUUGGUACGUCUGCUCCAUCAUGCUGCUAUCAACGAAACCCUCCCCCACUCGGCCGUAUACCGGACCCAGACGACAUCAUUGCUUCUGUUCGCGUAGAGGAUGGCCGCAUGCUCACUGAAACCUACCAGCCAAUGCCGAGUUACCGUCUGUGCACCACUAACGGCGUGUGUCAGCUGACCGAUACUCUCAUGGACCGGCUUAAGAAGCAACUUAAGCGGAUUUGA